AUGGCCCGGGCGCCAGUCAAGCCUCUAAUCACCAUUGUUGGUGCCACCGGGACAGGAAAGUCGGAUUUAGCCGUCGAGAUUGCGCGCAGAUUGGAUGGCGAGAUUAUCAAUGGCGAUGCAAUGCAACUAUAUCGUGGUCUCCCCAUCAUCACCAAUAAAAUUACUUCUGAAGAGGCCAAAGGAGUGCCACACCAUCUAUUAGGUUGUAUUGGGCUCGAGGAAGAGACAUGGACAGUCGGGAAAUUCGUAGGCGAGGGGCUGCGUAUCAUCGAUGAGAUCCAGAGUCGACGCAAAUUACCAAUCCUAGUUGGUGGUACUCAUUACUACACUCAAUCGCUUCUCUUCCAAGAUGCCCUGACCGAUGAGCCAACGUUGGAUUUGCACGAGGACAACCAGAAAUUCCCCAUCUUACAAGAGCCUACAGCUACGAUUCAUGCAAAAUUAAGAGAAGUUGACCCCGUCAUGGCAGAUCGCUGGCACCCCAAUGAGCGACGAAAGAUCCAACGGUCUCUGGAAAUCUUUCUCAGGACAGGCAAGCCUGCUUCACAGCUUUACAGCGAGCAGCGAAGUUUGCGAGCAUCCUCGUCUAAGACGAUAGGCGAGGAUAGCAUCAAAGAUCGCUCAAGUCUACGCUUCCCAACUCUAGUGAUUUGGGUCCAUGCAAACAAGGCUGUGUUGUAUCCGCGACUCGAUGCACGCGUUGACAAGAUGUUACAACGAGGCUUACUGGAUGAAGUACAACAGCUCAGUGACUACCGAGAACGCGAAAUGUCUCGCUCAAACUCCAGUAUAGACACCUCACGCGGUAUUUGGGUGUCUAUAGGCUAUAAAGAAUUCUUGGAAUAUCAGAACGCGCGUACUAAUCAGGCGACCUUUGAAUCUGAGCUCGCCAAACAGAAGCAUAUCGCGAUCGAAAAGACUCAGGCAGCUACCAGGCAGUAUGCUAAUCGACAAAUCAAGUGGAUACGUAUCAAACUCCUGAAUGCACUCAUACAUGCGGAUGCGAAGAACACUACCUUCCUUGUCGAUGGUUCUGACCUGUCUAGGUGGGAAGAAGAUGUCGUCCAGCCCGCAGUGACAAUCACUCAACAAUUUCUGAGCGGCCAAUCACUUCCGGUGCCGAUUGCACUUUCUCCUGUCGCCGCGGACAUGCUCACCCCAACAAGAGACUACGAUCUCGCACAGCGACCGGAUCUAUGGGAGAGGAAAGUUUGUGAUACCUGUGGCACUAUAGCUGUUACGGAGAAUGACUGGACUCUUCACACUAGGAGUCGCGCGCAUCGCAAAGCUGUUGGUGCAAAGAAGAAACAGGCCUAUACCCAACGCGCACAAAUCGAGGAGCGUAAAGGUGCACAGAAGGAUGUCAUCGAUGUACUGGAGAACUACCUAGGAAGCUUCCAGGACAAGGAAGAUCACAACCGAACUUGA